AUGCCAGCACAUUUGGAAAACUCAGCAGGAGCCACAGGACUGGAAAAGGUCACUUUUCACUCCAAUCCAAAAGGCCAUGCCAAAGAACGUUCAAAUGACCACACAGUUGCGCUCAUGUCACACACUAGGAAAGUAAUGCUCAAAAUUCUCCAAGUCAGGCUUCAACAGCUUGUGAACCGUGAACUUCCGAUGUUCAGGCUAGAUUUAGAAAAUGCAGAGGAACCAGAGAGAUCAAAUUGCCAACAUCGGUUGGAUCAUCAAAAAAGCAAGAGUUCCCAGAAAACAUCUACUUCUGCUUUACUGACUAUUCCAAAGCCUUUGUUGUGGAUCACAGCAAAAUGUGGGAAAUUCUUAAAGAGGUGGGAAUAG